CUGUACACACCGACAAACUCCCGGGCCGUGUCCGAUAGAGCUCUGGUAGAGGACGCCUUCCCUGACUUGUCCGACUCGAACUUUGACCCCACCAGCACCAGCAGACUCCCCGUGCAGGCGGUGGUCAUUUUCCGGAGUAGACUUGACCUCGCCAUCUUCACAGACGAGGUUCUCAACGAGUUAUUGAGCUUCAAUUCGUCCAUAUGGGAUCUGGUCGUUUUUGAGGACGGUCAAAAUUAUACGUACAGUGACCUGUGUGCCGUGAGAGCAGGGAGAUGUGCUGUUGGCGGAGAGAUAUUUCUCUCUCCAGAUUUCAGAACCAUGCUGGACACAGGUCAAGUCACGUACCCGUUGUGGCUGGGCACUGAACCUUUGGACCUCGAGGUGUACUUCAGCAACGUCAGCGUGUCACAGAGCGGGGUCCUGCAGGCAGCCGGCACCUACAAGAUGUCCUUCCCUCUCAGAACCGACACGGAGAAGAUGUCCCAGCUUUCACUGGCUUGGGAGUUGAAGUUUGUCGACUUUAUGGCCACUGUUGACUUCAACUCGGUGGACGUGGGGACUGUUUGUCCACCCGAGCUCUUCUUGCCAACGGGGGUGUCGUUGCUUCUUUACUGGGUACACUGGGAGCCCUUGGCCUGGUCACACUAAUUGGUGUCCGUUAUGUGAAUAUCGUUGGAGUCAUGCCUUUCCUGACGCUCGGAAUCGGCGUUGAUGACAUGUUCCUGCUGAUGAACAGCUGGAGCGAGACGGCGGCGCAGACAACUCUCUCUGUGCCUCAGAGGAUAGGAAUGGUCUUCAGAAAAGCUGGCGUCGGCAUAAGCAUCACAUCACUCACCGACUUUCUCUCUUUCGUCGUCGGAUCAACCAGCGUCUUUAAAAGUGUCAGCAAUUUCUGCAUAUACGCAGGUCUGGAAUAACGAAGACUUUGGUGUGAAAUUGCCUGUAUCGUUUGUACAGCUGUCGCCAAAGGACCACCGAGGGGCCUCCAGUAUACAGAGCACCCAGGAGCUUCUAACAAAAGCCAAACAAGAUUCACAAAUCAACCCUGUGGUGGAGAAGUGCUGGCUCACAUCCUACGCUCUCUCUCCUUCCUUCAACACCUCAACGGACGAGCUGUUUUUCCUUGGCUUGGAGCAGUUCCUGAGGGAGAACCCGCGGUUCUAUAGCGACGUCGUACUGGAGCCACAGAACUUCUCAGUCACGGCGUCGAGGUGUUUUGUGUAUUCUUACAAAAUCGUCGACUCUAACGAACAGGCCGCCCUGAUGUCCAGAAUGCGUGAGGUGGCUGACUCAUCCCCCCUGGGCGUCUUCGCCUUCCAGCCGGCCUUUGUGUACUUCGAGCAGUACUUGGCUGUGCUACCCAGCACUCUCAAGACUGUCGGCGCCACCAUUGCAGUAAUGUUCGUGGUGACGUGCCUGUUCCUGCCCCACCCUAUCAUCGUGACUGUGGUCAUGGGGCAGGUGCUGAUGAUCGUUAUCGGCGUGUUUGGCUACAUGAGCAUCUGGGGGCUCAGCCUGAGCUCCAUUACCAUGAUACAGAUCAUCAUGAGCGUGGGAUUCUCCGUCGAUUUUUGCGCUCACGUGUGUACGGCCUACAUGAUCUCCGACUCGCCAACCCGCCGCGGACGUGCCACAGAGGCUAUGAUCGAUGCAUCCGGCCCCAUUCUCAACGGAGGUAUUUCCUCCAUCAUCGGCCUCAUCGCCCUCCUCUUCACCGAGUCGUAUAUCUUCCAGUCUUUCUUCAAAAUCAUGUUCCUCGUGAUAGGCUUCGGUACGGCCCAUGCAGUGCUUCUCAUCCCAGUUGUUCUAUCAUUUAUUGGACCCGAGGCGCGCCCAAGAAUACGAGACGAGUACGCGAAUAAUGAUGACGCUAUACCAAGUGAUGAUAAUGUCAAAGCAAACGAUGAUGACGAUGGCGUGGAGGAGGGAUUCCACCCAAGCAAUGACAAAAAUAUAUCAUUAUCCGGGAGUGAAAGUCCCAAAAGUAAUGACAAUAUAAAAUUGUCCGAGAAUGAAAGUCCUAAGAAAAAGGAAAACGAAGGAGGACAAUACGAGACUACUGAAAACUUGUAGUGAAUCAUCAGAGAGUUUCCGUCCUUGUCCAGAAGGAUUUACUGACGUUAGCAACAAUUCAGAAUUAUCAUAAAGCCUCGGGGACUUGGGUAUGGUGUGGUUCAAACUUAAGAACCAACGUUUCACAAUGAAACAAAUCAUACCCUUUGCUUCGUUCCAUAGAUAGCGUCUUAUUGAUGAGAGAAGUUGUCCAUAUUGCGUGCUUACGGAAGUCCAAAGCUUUAACAAUAAUAAUUUAUUUAUAGAGUAGCGAGUUACAUAAUAUGUGAGGCAUCAUGGUGAAAUCUGGCGCUUGUCAAAUUAAUGAAAUCGUAGACAACGACAUUUUUCUUUCUGCUUGGCAAUUUUUAUCAAAUUGUUUUAAAGACCUUUUAUGUCCAUUGGUGUGUGGCUUUUACUGAAAAUCGUUGAUUUAAGACACAAAAGGGUCAAUUUACAGUUUCAAGGACUCUCAAACUUUUGAAGUCGCCAAACUUUGGCGGCGAUUUUCUCUCUAAUUUUACCUCUGAAAGCAGGUGACCCCCACCUCCUUCAAUCCGAAAUACAUCGACUUCUAUUGAAGAUAGAUGGAUAAUUUAUUCAUUGAAAGCAACACUAUUGAGUAAGCUUUAAGAUGAUACCUACCAACAGCUCCACAUGCCCAAAGAUUGACGAGUGCCUCAUUCCACCACGUCGUGACACAUUAUGUUUAGGGGAUGUUUGCGCCUGUGUGGGACGUGUGCAAUGACGCUGUUAUAAAAUUCCGGCGACAACUCGAGUUGGGACAAGUCUCAUUGUUUACUCAUUCUUUACGAAUGCCUCUCAUUGACAUUUGUAUGUACAUGUCAAUGAAGCAAUUUGAUUCCCUCAACUCUUGCCAACGCCGUGCUUUCGUCAAAAGUUGUUAAACCUAGGCAAGAAAGGUACAUUGAUUACACAGUUAUCUCCCUUGGUACGGGCACAGUGUGCCGUGGGAUCCAACGAAGAGCGCGCUCUUUCUGCUUCUUUUUUUCUGUUGUUGUUUGUUUUGUUUUUUUGCCAUUUGAUGACAUUAGAUAAAUAUAUUUAUAGUAAAUUUAGAGAUAUUCAAAGUGGCCAAACUUGAGUGAUUCAGUUUCUAAGAUCCGUAUAAAUUAUAAGAUAUCAAAGAAGGCAAAACAAAAAAAGCACCAAAAAUAUCAAAAAGCAAAUUUUUCAUCAUUUUUGAGUACCUGACCUGCUGUGAUGCUCUAAAGACCUUAUUAUCUAGGUCUUGUCACGUCACCUAUCUGUUCAAGCUCUGUAAGUAUGUUGUCCUUGUUGUACCUCUGCCUGUAUUGCCUUCUGUUUUUCCAGUGAGGUCAAGAUGUUCAAGACCAUAUGUUGACUCAAGUGUUCCAGUAACCGCGCGUAUCUCUACCUUGUUGUUUAUAUUUGUGGUCGUCUUGCGCCAGCGUUUUUUCAGUUCUACACGAUAUCUGAACUCUAUUCAUUGCAUGAAAUGUUCAACAGUCUCCUGAGAAACCACAUUUUCAUUGUCCUCAGUUAAUUUUUACUCUCCCCAGCGAUUGUGCAGCACUCACAGCUGAACAGAAGGGUUGACCACACCUAGCCUAUUUAAACCAUUAAUCUUUUGCCUCUGAUAUCUUUCUCUUGCUAAAGACUGGACGUAAACCCAUAUUGUGUGGUGGCCUUGGAAAGCUGAGUACAUUGUCGGUUGCUCACAUUUUAAACUGACCCUUCCUUAUGACAACCCAUUUACUUCCUUUCAUGCGACAGUCGAAAUCUUUAAAAUACAUGUAGCUACCACAAUAUGUUAUAGAGUAACACAUUUUACUGAGAAAAGCACUUUGGGGGGGGGGGGGAGUAUUUCAAAAAGA